CCUCUUCCCGGCCGUCUUUGGCGCUGCUACCGCCCCUUCCUAGAGAGUCCAGGCCAAGCGUGUGACCCGUCAGGAGCGCAUCGGGAAAGUGUGAAUGAGCGAGCGGAAGAAAAAAGAAGGAAGGAAAGAGAAACGAAAGGAGAGAAAGGGAGCGUAGAGUUCCUUCUCUUUCUUCUGCGUCUUUUAAAGUCUAGAGAGGGUUUGAAGCUGUGUUGAAUUUAUAUAUGUUUUUACUACUUGUGGAAGACAUUUAAUUCUACCUGGGGAGGCUUAAAGAAAGAAGAACGUUGCCUUGAUACUGAAAAUGUGUACAUCGUAUUAUGCCUCUUUGGAGCUCUGCAAGAGAAAGUAGGGAACUAAAUUGCCAGUAUGUCAUUCAGCAACACUGAUGUAGAUAUAAAAGAAUUCUUAGUGGGCAUCAACUUGGGACAGUACUUUCCAAACUUCCAAGACUUUGGUUAUAACACUUUGCAAGACUGUUUGGGGAUUAACAACUGUGUGCUUCAGCAGAUUGGAAUAUCUCCUACUGGGCACCGCAGAAGAAUUCUGAAGCAGUUGGAGGCCAUGUUUGCAAAGAUGCAGGGAAAAUCUGCAUCUGUUAAAAACCAGAAAACUGGAGCCACUGAGGAGUUAGGAAAUAGCUGUUCUCAGUCACUUUGCCACAGUUUCAACAAGCAGGUUCUAAACUUAAAUGACAGUGAAAUAACAAGUAGCUGGGCAUCCAGCGAACUGACAAAUGUGGUCCGUGAUCAGAAUUGCACAUAUGAUGAAAAUCUUGAGCCCACUAAAGGCGAGUCAUUGGAAAUUGGAGGCGACCCAUAUUCAGAUUCUGACUCUUUAUGUUGUCAGAACUCGAACUGCGCAACAGCUGUGAUGGCAAAUGCAUUGAAAAAUGUGAUGCCCCAAAAGAUACCUUGUGUGAAUAAAGCUCUUGAAAAGGGAGCAUUGGAAUCCAUUAGUUUGCAGAUUGAUCAUGCUCCUGAAGAAACAUUUUCCUCUUCCUGUGCUUUAUCUUCACCUGAGAUGAAGUCCCGAGAGGGUGCUGAUCCUCUGCUUAUGGGACUGCAAAGUUUAUCAGAUGGUCUACCUAUCUCUCAGUUCUUUGAGUUUAAAGGUGAAAUGAUAGAAAAUGAUUUGUAUAACCAUCGUACUCAAAGUCCUACGAAAGGAGCUCCCAGAACAACCCGGUCUUUUAUGCUCAGACAUCGUCCCGUUCCAGAAAUACCAGGUUCUUCCACAUCUGCUGCUGCUUCAAGUUCCCUACAGGAAAGAAGUAAUGAGAAUGGGUUAAGUGUCCUUUCUUCAGAGAGUCUUGUUUCUCAAAGAAGAAAUUCUGUGGAAGAAAAGACACCUCUCAUAUCUCCUUAUGGCGAAACCUUUUUUUUUAACUGCUCAGAAGACACUGAAAUCUGUGGCAAUGAAUUUUCAAGCAACCAAAAAGAGAACAGAGAUGACAGAAGCACUGAAGAGGAUAACUUUCCUAGCAAAACAUGUACUCGUAAAAAUAAUAGUAAAUAUAAAGCAUCUGAAGAUGUAGUGAACAGUGAAUUAGUACCACAGGAGGAUAAAUCGAUAUUGCCAAACAAAUUCAUCAGUGAUUCUGAAUAUUCUACUGUGAAAGAAUGUGCUAAAUAUGCAAGAAAAGGAAAAUACAAGAUAUCAAGACGCUCCAGAGAGUUCAGAAGUGAGAAUCUGGACCUCACUGCUAAAGAACAGAUUUAUUCUCCCCAGCAUGGUGGCCCCAAUGAAUUGCUCAGUGAUCCAAUGAUCAGCCCUAAUGACUCCAUAACACCUUAUGCCUGUUUUUAUGGACCAUCAAUAAAGAAGGUUAAAGAAGGAUGGCUGGACAAGCUGUCUCCUCAGGGAAAGCACAUGUUUCAGAAACGCUGGGUAAAAUUUGAUGGUGACAGCAUUUCUUAUUACAAUAAUGACAAGGAAGUGUACUCCAAGGGAAUAAUCCUCCUCUCUGCUAUGUCUGCAGUCAGAGUCCAUGGGGAUAACAAAUUUGAAGUUGUUACAGCACACAGGAUAUUCGUCUUCAGGGCUGAAAAGGAAGAUGAAAGAAAUGAGUGGAUUAGUACAAUACUCGGUGCUUUGAAAUGCCAGCCUGAAAUAUCUCUAUUACGAACUGUGCUUCCUCCUGAAAAGAGUGGGUAUCUGGAACUGAAAGGAUACAAAGCCAAAAUCUUUACCUUACUUCAAGGAAAUAAUGUGUGGAUCUGCAAAAAUAACCAGGAUUUCAAAACUGGAUAUGGCAUUACUAUAAUCCCCAUGAAUGUGGCUAAUGUGAAACAAGUAGGCCGGACAGCAAAACAAUCUUUUGAAAUAAUUACACCGUACAGAAGUUUUAGCUUUACAGCAGAGUCAGAAAAAGAGAAGCAGGAGUGGAUCGAAGCAUUGCAACAAUCUAUAGCAGAAACUCUCUCGGACUAUGAAGUGCCGGAGAAGAUCUGGUUCAAUGAAUCAAACAGGACCUGUGCUGAUUGUAAAGCUCCUGAUCCUGACUGGGCAUCUAUCAAUCUCUGUGUUGUCAUUUGUAAGAAAUGUGCAGGGCAACACAGAUCAUUAGGACCCAGAGAUUCGAAAGUCCGAAGCCUCAAAAUGGAUGCCAGCAUUUGGAGCAAUGAACUCAUUGAGCUUUUUAUUGUGAUAGGUAAUAAGAAGGCAAACAGUUUUUGGGAAGGAAAUCUUCAGCCAGAUGAGGAAUUGCCCAUGGAUGCCCCCACAGACAGGAGACUAACUUUCAUAAUACAAAAGUACAAAGAGGGAAGAUUCAGAAAAUCCACUCUGCUUUACAAAACCAAAGAAGAGUUAAAUAAGGCUCUGUGUGCUGCAGUAGUUACGCAGGACGUGUUGGAAACAAUGAUGUUGUUGUUCAGUGGAGCAGAGGUGUUGUGCGCUACUGGAGAUCCUGUAUACAGCACUCCAUACUUGUUAGCCAAGAAAGCAGGACAAAGGCUGCAGAUGGAAUUUCUCCACCACAAUAAGUUUGCAGAUUUUCCUAACUAUGAUGUUCAUUCAGACAGUGUUUUCUGUCAAGAUUCUUGCUCAUCCACAUUCCUCUGUGACUAUUUAUACAAAGUUUCCUUCAGCGCUCCAAAGCUGUUCACUGAGAGAAAAUUAAAAGAAGAGUAUAAUAAAAGGUGGUGUGCUCUGGAAAGCAGCUUUUUGAGCUACUAUGAAAAUGAGAAGACUCCAUCACCAAAUGGAAUGAUUGACAUUGGUGAAGUUAUCUGUCUUGCUGUUCAUAAUCAUAAUUAUGUUGCAUCCUUAAAUGUGGGAGCUAUAUUUACCUUUGAAAUCUACUUACUGUCAGAACGUGUUUUUCUGUUUGGUGCUGAAACUGCACAUUCUCAGAGAAAAUGGACCCAGGCAAUUGCCAAGCACUUUGUACCCAUGGUAGCCAAAUGUCUGCUGGUGAGGGACUAUGAUGUGAUUGGCCAGUUAUACUACAAAGACGGCCAUAACCUUGACAACUGGAAAAAAGGCUGGUUUGCCAUUGAGAAGUCAAGCCUACAUUUUUGCCUAGAAUCGGAAAACUCUCAAGAGGAUACAAUGCAUCUGAGGAGGCUGCAGGAGUUAACGAUCAGCAGCAUUAUCCAGAAUGGACAAAAAAUUGAUGUUCUGCUUCUGGUUGAGAAAGGAAGAACGUUAUACAUCCAUGGCCACACAAAGUUGGAUUUCACAGUCUGGCAUAGUGCAAUUGAAAAAGCAGCAGGUACAGAUGGCAAUGUGUUAGAAGAUCAGCAGCUCAGCAAAAACGACGUCCCUAUUAUAGUGAACAGCUGUAUUGCAUUUGUUACACAGUAUGGUUUGGGUAGCAAACAUAUCUACCUGAAGGGUGGGGAUUCUUCUCAUGUAAGUGAACUUCUCGAGUGCUUCAAAAAGGAUGCAAGAAGUGUUAAGCUGAGGGCUGGAACACACCAACUGGAAGAUGUUACUGAUACACUGAAAUGUUUUCUGUCUGAAAUAGAUGAUGCAAUUCUUACCAAAGAACUCUAUCCAUUUUGGAUCUCUGCACUAGAUACAUUGGAUGACAGAGAAAGAGUAAGGAAAUACAGUGCUUUUAUUCGAACACUUCCACCAGUCAAUAGGGCAACUCUGACUGCUUUAAUGGAACACCUUUAUAGGGUACAAAAGUGUUCAGAAAUCAAUCACAUGGAUCCUCACAAUCUAGCUAUGGCGUUCUCAUCAUGCCUGUUUCAAACUAAAGGCCAGACCAGUGAAGAAGUCAAUGUUAUUGAAGACCUAAUAAUAAAUUAUGUGCAUCUCUUUGAUGUACAUGAAAACCAAGUGAAGCAAAUGGAUAUUGAGAACAGCUUUAUUACCAAAUGGAAGGAUCCUCAAUACUUUCAGGUUUCCCAGGCUGGAGAUUUGCUAAUUGAAGUUUAUGUGGAAAGAAAGGAGCCAGACUGCAGUGUUAUAAUAAGGGUAUCACCAAUAAUGGAGGCAGAAGAGUUGACUAAUGACAUAUUGGGAAUAAAAAACAUCACCCCCCUCAAAGAUGACGUGUGGGCUACCUUUGAAGUGAUUGAAAAUGGAGAGCUGGAGCGCCCUCUACAUUAUACCGAGAAUGUUCUAGAACAAAUUCUUCACUGGAGUUCUUUGCCUAACCCCUGCAGUGCGUGCCUUGUUAUAAAGAAGUUUCUGACAGCAGACACAGCAAAGCUGUACUAUGAGAAGAAUACAAAAGGCAGCGUAAAAGCCAGCUAUCUGAAAUACAAAGAAGAGCCAUCCAAAUUACUGUCUGGAAAUAAGUUUCAAGAGCGUUAUUUUGUUUUGUGGGAAGGAAACCUUUUUCUUUACAAGGAUAUGAAGAGUAGCAAGCCUGAGAAAGUAUUGCCAGUCAAAUUGCUGAAACUUUAUCUUGGAGUGAAGAAGAAAUUCAAGCCACCAACAAAUUGGGGUCUUACACUAUAUUCUGAAAAGCACCAUUGGUACUUAUGUUGUGACAGACGUGAUUCUCAGCUGGAAUGGCUGAGCAGCAUUUUUAUUGCACAGCACAGUAAUAUCUGGCCACCUGAUGGAAACACAAGAAAGCAAUCUAUAACAAAAAAUCCAAAAAUUGGUCGUUUGCCUUUAAUACCCAUACAGCAUGAGAGAAGCACUUUGAAAGCUAAUGUCAGCACAUCAGAGGAUUCAAAACUGGACUCUCAGAGUGACAUAACAGAAGACAAGAAGGGUUUAAAGCAAAAGCUAUCACUGGUAGCACAGUGCCUAGAACAUAAGGAGGAGAGAGCUCGAAUCCGUGCAAGAAAGCAUCGAAGUCUGAUCUGUUUGGAUGACAUGGGGCAAGAUGAUGUUAGCUUGAACCAAAGACACUACCAGGAAUCAAAAUCACCAAAGAAAAGUGAUGAUAAGGCCAAUCAGACUCAUCUGGAAUCUGAUAAUCAGCUUCCAGUAAAUGUUAUUCAAGAACUCAGUGCUGUCCUGCAGAAGCACAGAACUCUUCAUGAAGAAUCCUAGCAACUAUUCUUCAGAAAUAUACAUCAAAGACCUGGCUUCAAAAAUAGAUUAGACCAGUUCAUAGAGGAUAGGGCUAUCAGUGGCUACUAACAUGGAUAGCUGUGUAUUUCCAUUGGAAUCAGGGCAAUACCCUGAACACCAGGUGCUAGGAAAAACCAAUGGGAGGAGGCAGUUACCCUCUUUUUCCUGCUUACAGGCUUACCUGAUGUAUCUAGUUGGCCACUGCAUGAAGCAGGAUGCUGGACUAAAUGGGAUCCUGGACUUUUUGACCUGAUUUAGCAGGGCUUUUGUUAUGUCUUUAUAGUUUGUUCUAGGAAAUGAAAUAUUUAAGAACAUAAGAACAGCCCUGCUGGAUCAGGCCCAAGGCCUAUCUAGUCCAGCAUCCUGUUUCACACAGUGGCCCACUAGAUGCCUCUGAGAAGCCCACAGCAAGAGGUGAGGGCAUGCCCUCUCUCCUGCUGUUGCUCCCCUGCAACUGUUAUUUAGAGGCAACUUGCCUGUAGGGAUGUGCACAGAACUGGCAGGGAUGGCUCAAGGGUGGAGGGGGAUACAUUUAAGGACUGGGU